AUGUGAACUGACCUGACUGGGAGACAAGGCGGGCUAAUGCAGGUGGAAAGCAAAACAAGAACACGAACUGCAUGCAGAGUUUGAGCCCGCGCGCCCCGGUAAGCAAAUGGAGCGCUUUGUCCGGGUCCCCUGCGUCUGGUACCAGGACUGUGGGAACACACUGCCCGUGGGCCAGUCUCGACUCUCGCGGCACUGUCAGCCCACCUGGAGGCAAAACAUGGGUCCUCCCACUUUCCUGGCCAGGCCAGGGCUGCUGGUGCCAGCAAAUGCCCCUGAAUACUGGGUGAACCCUUACAGGAGGGCACACUUUGAGCCCAUCCUCACCCCGAUGAACCCCAACCUGUGCCAGCGGCUGUGCAAGGCCAACACCAAGGAGGUGGGCGUGCAGGUGAGCCUGCGGGUGGACAAGGCCAUUCAGUGCUCGCUGGGGCCUCAAACUCUACACAGCUGCUGCCCAUGGGACAACGCCAGCCACAGGAAAGCCAUGCCACACUGGGGAGUCUAUUCGCAAUUGAUUGGCCGCAGGGGCUAUGCGUGGUUAAGGAAGGAUGAAGAAAAUGGCAAAAGCAAGGUGCUUUUAGGCCCAGGGAAGGCCAGCCAGCAGCCACCACCGAUGCCAGUGUCAGAAGACGAAAAGCAGGACGAGCUCCCUCGGUCCCAGGAGCUGGUGGAGGAAGAUGCCAAGCAUCUUGGUGAAGGGAAGGACAUGCAAGUAGCAGGAGAUGCGGGUGACUGUCCACCUCAGAAGCCCAGCUUCCAGUCUUUGGAACCAAAAUAUGGCUAUUUUCACUGUAAAGAUUGUAACAUCAGAUGGGAGAGUGCGUACGUGUGGUGCAUUUCUGGAACUAAUAAGGUUUAUUUCAAGCAACUCUGUUCAAAAUGCCAAAAGAGUUUUAACCCUUAUCGAGUAGAAGCGAUCCACUGUCAGCAUGGUGGAAGAGACUAACUGGAAUGCUGGGAUUUUAAAAUAACUAUUGCAAAGGAAAAGAUGUGCAAGAGCAAGAGGUCUUGGAAGAAGAAUGCAGUGUGUAAAGAAAGGAAAAAGAUGAAAAGCGAUACUAUACCAACAAAAAAGUGAAAACUAUUGGAAUACAGAAUUCCCAAAGCUGACUUUCUUGUACCAAAUGAAUGGAUACGUUGGGAGAACUAAAUUUCAUUUAGAAAAUUUUUUUUGCAGUGCUAGGGAUCAAACCCAAGGCCUUGCAUUGCUAGGCAACCACUCUGCCGCUGAGCUACAACCCAAGCCCUGGGUUGUAGCAACACAGACAUCUGGAGUAUGAAAUGCUGCCCCGGGCAAGAUGGCUGGGACCAUGGAUUUGCUGGCAGGUCUGCUGAAGACUAGAAUCUAACAGGCAGGUAGCGGUCCUCACAGGAAUAAGAUCUGUCUUGUCAGAGGAGUGACAGCUUCGUUAGAACAAAGAUGUUGAAAUUGUGUUUGUGAGGUAGCCGAGGGGUUGAGAUAAAGCCCUGUUGCAGUUUAGUCCCAGUAAACGUCCAUGGUGAUGGAGGCUGCAGGUGUACUUCUGAAACAGAGUGUGUGCUUAGGACCUAUGAGGCCCUGGGUUUAAUCUUCCCUCUGGGGGCAGGAGUAGCUAGCUAGCCGUGGUGAUCAAAAGUCAACCUGCCUUUCCCAGCACAGCACAGGGUUACCUGCAGUGGAGCUACACAUGCUCCAUCCUGCCUCUCCCUCUCCCUCAAAUGUCAGAUCUGCAUUUCAUGUUACACACCGAGUUAAAACAGUUUACUGGUGAUGCCAGGUUAUGUGUGAGAAAAUGGAGAAGAUGGAAAACUUUUCUGGAUGAAAAAUGUUCACACACAGGUUUCAACAACCUUAAAUAUACCACUCAGGAUUUAUAGUAGAAGAGUAUUAACUAUAUUCUAGAAAUAUUGGAAGUAACAUUCACUGAAAUAAUUUUUUAUAUCAAGCAUUAAAAAAGAAUAAAAAUGCUAACUAGUAUCAUUUUUAUGAGAAUUAUUAUGGAAGGGACCAAGUAUGCCACAGUCUAAUAUGUUCCCCUAAAUGAACUACUGAGUGAGUCUGACAUGACACACACAUAGUGAUCUUAGCAGGGAUAAUCCUGGUUUGUGCCAGUUGUCCAGAUGUUGCACCCUCUUGCAUUUUUGAGAGCCCAGGUUUGGAUGAAAACUGAUGUUUUCAUAAAGACAGAGCUCCAAAUCUUGGGAAAUUUUUUUUUUUUUUUGCGCUGGAAAGGUAUAUGAUAUAUCAUCAGCUGCGGACUGAUUGCACUUUUUUCUUGUGCUGAGACCUGAACCCUGGGCCUUGUGUACCUGCUUUACCCCUCAGCCACACUCCUAGCUUGAUUUCACUUUUAAUAGGAAAACAAAGAGUUCAAUUGUGCACUUGCCUAACCAGACAUUUUAGGGAAUCCACUGAUCAAAUUUGAUGACUCAUUUUUCUCUUGAGAUGUAAUAUGUAUUUUUCAUACUAGAACAUAAAAGUUUUUUUUAAAUUCAUGUAUUUGUUUUACAAAAUAGUUUCAUACUAAGCAGCCAGGAAAAAUACUUCUGACAUGACACACACUUAAAUAGAUAUAUACACACAAAUAAGCAUACGUUUGCUGGAAGGGAGGAAAAAAAAGCAAUUAUGUUGUUAUAAAUUUGCAAUGAUGCAAAACAUCUACUAGCGUCUCUGAAUUAAAGAUAAUAUCAUCUUACCUGAAGCUCCUGGGUAGCAGAUUGAAUGGAUAGAAAAACAAAUAAAAGGUCUAUUUAAAAUGAUUAAAGAUACUCAAGUGCAUUUGUCUUAAUUUUAACACAAUAGCAACUAAUAAUGCUAACAAUAUAAACAAUGUAUACUUUAGUAGACACAGUUUUUUAAAAAAGUUAAAUAUGUUCUAACCCCAAAGGGAACAAUCACAUCUCUUCAGAUAUUUCUCACCUCUUCAGGUGGAUGGUGCAGCUGAGGUAACAGAUCAUAAGCAUAAUUUCUAACGUGGCUUUCACUUCAGUGACAACUUUGGCCUGACACAUUUUAUUGCAAUGCUUAAAUAAUCAUCUGUGAGAAAACUGUUCAAUGCCACAAGAAAAAUAGAGGUCAUCAACUAGGAAAAAAAGGGGGAUGUCACCUGAUUUCGUUCACAAAGCUAAAAGUGUUUGUGAUCAUAAUGUGUUUAUUGUGGAUAUGCAGUUAACAGCAAAGACACAGCCUUUUAAGAUUCUAAAAAGGUCAAGGGCAGAAACUCUUAUACAGAUAGUAUCAACAAAUCCCAAGUUGAGUGAAAAGGAACAGAAGUAUGAACAGCCUGACUUUUUUUUUUUUUUUAAACUGGAGUGUUUUCUCCCCUUGCUUGAAAACUGUGUUUUCAAGCCGUAAAAUGUACUUAACUUUCUCUGAAGAGGAUAUACGAACGUUAUUUACUAAUGACAGCUACGUCCAGGGGCUGACACUGAGAAUGUUGAGUGCCUCCCCACAGAUUAUCUUAUUUAACCCACAUGGCAAUUGUAUGGGCGGGUAUCAUGAUGCCUGCUGACCCCACGAGUAGCAGAAGCCAAGAGGACCUGCCAUUCCAGCUGGAGGUGCUUACGGCUAGGUCACUGGCAGAGAUGAAAUUCAGUUGGGAUUGAUAGAUGCAGGCCCAAACACUUCGAUGCUAUGUAGUGAUCAGUAAGCAUGUUAGAAUCCUUUUUAUAAUUUUACUUGGAAGAAGCAAAACAUUCUUAAAUGGCUUAUUCAUUUUUGAGACAGGAUCUCAUUAUAUUGCCCAGGCUGGUCUCUAAUUCCUGGGCUCAACUGAUCCAUCUGCCUCAGGCUGCAGGUGGCGAGGGUUAGAGACCUAUGCCACCUAUGCCACCGCACUCGGCUUGCAGAUGACUUCUUUUAUUUGGAUAAAAUGCACUCUCUUACUUCCUUGAAUGUCUCAUAAAAUCUUACUCAUAAAAUAUAAAAUCAUCUCUGGGAUAUUUUAGUUAGGACAAAAGAGAGAUGACUGAAAGGCAGGUAUAUCAUUCAUUAUUUAUUAUGACAAACAUCAGUACCUCAGUGGAGAGGUUGGCACCUCCAAUUUUUUCGUCUUCUAUUUUAACAGUAUUUUUUUAUUUUUGUGAUGCUGGGGAUACAACACAGGUGAUAAGCACAUGUCCUACCUCAGUGGUAGGACACACUGAGUCACACUCCCAACUCUUUCUUUCAUUUUGAUAGAAAUGAAAUUUGUUCUGAAAUUGUUUCUGCUCCCUCUGCCACUUUUCUCUGGCUGAAGAGGAAGACGAUACCUCUCUCAUUCUGUCAGUUUUUCCCUUCCUUGUUUAUCUCCCAGAGGAAGAGGGUGACCACGCAUGAGUUCUAGCCUGACAGCAGACAUGAGGUCAUUUCCCAGGUUAGGGAGUUAAUCUUUUGGCAUGAGCGGAACACUCGGUCCUUGUUCAGAGAUAUUUAGAAAAUAAUCAAAACAAUUGUACUAUAUUUUGUGUUUUUUUGUCACUAAUUAUGGUUAGCAGUAAUCUCUGUAAUACUUUUAAUGGUCCUAGAACAAUUUAAGGUGAAAAUUAAGUUGGCAUUUUUUUUUUUUUGAAGAAUAGUCAGUGCUUUUAGCUCUUUGGCUUCCAUGAGAUGUAAGUGGGGUCAUCAGUAAUCACACCCUUUUAGGGAGGAUACACAAAACAUCAUUUUUCUAAAGGUGUGUAGUUAAGUUAGGAGGUGCCUAUCUACCACAAGACAGAGUAGGUUUUGAAUUUGAGCUUCUGUUUUAACUGCAAGACUAGAAGAAUGCCUUUUAAAAACAGAGUAUGUUAGUUAAAAGUCAAUCAACCAACGCUGAGCAACACCAGGAACCAAGCUUUGUACCAGGCAACUGUAUAUAAGCAAAUCCCACUGAAGAGAACUGUGUUUUCAUCUUCUGGUGAUUAAAGACUGUCUCUCAGCUGGAACCUUAGCUACACAAGUGAGGGUAACCAAAUGGGGGUUGUUCCUGCUUCCAACCCUGUUUUCAAAAUCGUGAUUCAUUGCAGAAAGCACCUUAUUACCAUGACCAUCAUUUAAAAUAAAAGAAUCUGUAUCUGCCUGUUGAGACUUGAAUUCAGCUGCUCCAGGUGUCUGGAAGGCUGGCGACCAACCCAAGCAGAGCAAAGAAUGCUCUCUCUCAUGUGCUUUGUAUUUCAAGUUCUAAUGAUUUCAUCAAACACAGCACAAAAAAGCUGGAGCCUCGAGGCUCUGAUCUCAUGUUGUAGCAGGCAAGCUUUGGAGUAACUGAUUUAGAACAACUUUGCAUUUAAAAUAAUUAAGUGCUUAGAAUAUUUUGCCCAGGUGCCAGUGAACUGGCUCAGAACUGUCAUGUUUCUGUGCUUUUUAAGUUCCCCCUUGGACUACACACACACACAGUCUUUGUGUGGUCAUAACAACUCAGGUCUUUGCCACUUAGAAAGAACUUGGCAGCUUCUGCCCGGGGCUCAGACAGGAAGGGCGUGGCAACUUUUACCCAAGUUAGGCGGCUGUACUUUGAAUAAAUAGAUUCAAAACAGUUCAAAACAGUUUACAGCUUGGCAAUUAAAGAUCUUCCUACAAACCCCUCCCUAUUUAGCAGACAGAAAGGCACUAUUUUGUUAGUCAAGGACAAAGUUAAGGUGAUUAUUUUUAAAGAACGUACUGUACCUCUCCAUCCUCCAGCUCCACGUCUAGGAAAUCAAAGUCCCUAAAGACUCUGAAGUGCUGCUCGCUGUUUGUGUCAUCUGUGUUCUCCUGCUCCCGGGUGCCGUCCUCAGAAGACACCAAGCUCGUCUGAUGCUCGAGCAGAUCCAGGUCCCCGCACGAUGAAAAAAUCACCUGUGAACUCAGAGAGUCCUCUCCUGAGAACUGGGCUGUGUGCAGUUGUUUGUGCUACAAGAAACAGUAACUGGCUCUUCAUAGCACUGUGUUUCCAGUACACACCUAAUUCCUUCGGUGGGUAUUUUUAGAAUGUUCUUUUAUUAUUUAUGUUGGACAGGUGCCUUCGGAUUAAACUCGUCGCAAAGACCUAAGUUCAUGCACCAGGAAAGUGUUCAAGAGUUAAGUUACUAUUUUAAUGGAUGAAGACGACAAUACCUGAGCGUGUGUGUGAGAGAAACAACUGAACGUAUGUUCACAGACAAACUGGUCCUUAAGAAAACAUUCCAUUCUUUCUGAGCUGACUGCAAUUAUAAAUUGCACACUCUCACUAGAAUGGCAUAAGACUGACUAGCUGAACCAUGCCCCUAAUUUCCAUACACAUAAAUCCCUACCGUGUUGCUUUAAACAAAUCAAAGCAUUUCAUCUGUUAAGAUCUUUAUUAUGUUAAUGUAUUGAAAUUAACUUCUCGGCUGGACGAGUGGCAAAUGCCUAUAAUCCCAGCACUCAGGAGGCUGUGGCAGUACGACUGUCACAAGUUUGAGGCCAGUCUAGGCUACACAGUGAGUUCAAGGCCAGUCUAGACUACAGAGGGAGACCCGGCCUCAAACAAACAAACAAACAAACAAACAAAACCUAAGUUUUUUCUUCACUGGGCAUUUUAAUGGAACUUUGUAGAAAUAGUAAUCUAUCAAUGAACCUAAAUGCUUUGCUAGCCAAUGUCUACUGAACAUAGAUGGACAUUCAGUAAAAUUAACAGUGUUCUUUACAUGAUCAUUAUAGUGUCUUAGUCUUCCUGACAAACAAACGGAUCAUUUAUAAGAACUGAAAUAUGUUUCCAAAGUAAAAAAAGUCAGUGGAUGACAAAUGUGCUUUUUCUCGACUGUUUAAAAAUAGUCAUGUGAUGUGCAUAAUACAGGCUGAACAUCCCUGAUGUGAAAAUCUGAGAUGCUCUGAAAUCUAAAAUUUUGCAUUGUUGACAUGCUUAAAAUUUUGACAUUUUGGAGUCUGGAUUUUUGGGUCCGAGAUGUUCUGGUACAGUCUAUGGAGAAAUUCCAAAAUUCCCAAACCCCAAAAUCUGAAACAGUUUGCGUACCAAGCAUCUCAGCUAAGGGCUUCUCAGGCUGUGAUCUCAUGCAGUGUGGUCCAUGACAGUUUCCCAUGGGAUCACAGACAGCUGUGUGACACAAGUCCAGCAGUCAGUGAGAGGGGGCAUGAAAAUUCUGAUUUCCUGAGCUGACGGUCCUAUGCCUGGUCUUACUCGUGAGGUACUGUAUUUCAGGUAAAUAUUUCUAGCUGGCAAGGCCUCAGCACAGGGGCAGACAGUAUGAGCCAGAGAAAGUGCUAACCAUGAUCGCAGUGAGGAAUAACUCCCAUGGCCUGUGCUGCACUGCAGAGGUUCAGAGACUCUUGUUUCUUGGGGGCUGGCAGCUGUCUUCCCUAAGUAACAUCGCAGGCACAGCAACAAACCACUGAACAGUAACACCAAAGGAGACUUAAGAUGGAGGGCACCACGGUGACUUCAAGUUUAGCUGACGGGGACCUGAGGUAUGUUAGUGGGUAUACAUGAGCCUCUACUAUUUAACUUGCUCAUGAACUAUGUAAAUAGAAAUAGUUUUAGAUUUUAAAAAUAAAAAUCCAAUUUCUCCACAUGGAAAUUGGUUUGCUAAUUCUAAUUUACUUGGUUAAUUUGCUCAUUUAUUGUAAGUAAUAAAAAUGGUGUAAUAUAGAUGAAAUAAAAAUACUUGGUGAAACUAGACCCUGACAUUUUGUUUUGUUGCAAUAUGUUCAUAUACAUGCAAUUAAAAUUGUAUGAAUUUUAUAAAGGCUUCAGAAGCUUUCUUAUUAUUACUCUUUAAUCAUUUGUCCCUUCAAAAGCCUAAUGAUAUUUUUUGCUAUAACAGUGAAAAUUAAAAAAAAAAACAUGCCAUUUAUUUUGUUUUAUUUUAUUUGGGACAGGGUCUCGCUAUGUAGCUCAGACUAACCUUUAAUUCACAGCGAUCCUCCUGCUUUGGCAUCCUGAAUGCCAGGAUUACAGGCAUGUGACACCAUACCUGGCUUUGUAAUCCUUUAUUUGUGAUAUGAGCAAAGAGAAGAGUUUAAAAUAUUUACCACGGUUUUGUUAAAAUACCAUUAUUUUUAUCUUCCUGGUAUAUAAGUAAAAUAAACACAUCAGAGCCAGAAGUGUAUGUAAAAAUAGAAUUCCAUCUAAGAGGACUGGCCUCUGUGUCACGCAUGGCGGUGCCGUACACUGUAAGGAAGUUUGGACAUACACAUAGAAGAACUAAGAAAUUAAGCAACAACAACCAAACAGCAUUCACAGGCAAAAUGGGGCAAAGAGCCAACAAAAGACUUCCUGGUUUUUAAACUAAGUGAAAUUAAAAGCCACAGUGUAGGGUAGAACAAUGCAGGGAUUUGGUAUAGAUAAUGGGCAUCAUAUGUGUCAUUCACUGUAAAAAUUUAUGUAAAAAUAUAUGAUCAAUAGCAAAAAGCAGAUCAAAGGCAAAAAGAUAAGAUACCAAAAGAGUCCUGACGUAAGAUGGGACUUACGGAUGGGUUUUUGCUUAAUCCUACUUCUUGGCCACACAGCGAAAGGACGUGCACCAAUUUCUCUUUUGUCCUCUUCUGGAAAAGAAACACAAAGCAGGUUUUCACUGAGGGGUCCGGUGAACUGCUCUAAUCCCAGAUCCUUUUGUCACAGAGGGCACUUUGCUGCUUGAAAUGGGGUCACUAAGAACUGAGAUGUAAAAUGCAAGACUUGCUAUGAAAAAACAAUGUGAAACAUCUUACUGAUAACAGUUAAAUACUGUAACAUACUGAAAUAUUUUUUACACAAACUGUCAAAUAAAAUGUUACUAAAAUUGA